AGAGAGAGAGAGAGAGAGAGAAAAGGAAAAGGAAAUACAUAUUUCUUCCCCCUACUAAGCUUGCUAAAAUAAAAUUUAAGGCAACCGAAAUAUGCAUCCAAUCUGUGUGAGGCGCGACCCCAGCAUUCCCACCUACGGGCUCCGGCCGUCUAUCUUACUGAACACCAGGCUUCAGGACUGCUACGUGGACUCCCCGGCUCUCACCAACAUCUGGACGGCCAGGACAUGUGCAAAGCAGACCGUCAGUGCCCCUGCCCCGGGUACCACCUCUUCUUGGGAAGUGGUCGAGAAUCCGUUCAUCACCAGUUCGCUCUCCCUGGUGAAGCUGGUGCUCAGGCGGCGACUGAAGGAUAAAUGCUGCCCGGUACCAUGCAAGUUUGGAGAAGCCAAACCCUCGAAGGGAGCGGAGCCCAAGGACGAUUCAGCAAUGAGAGCCACUCGGCGGGGCAGGACGAGACACUCCAUCAGUUCCAAGAGCAAGCGGCCCCUGGGACAGCAGCCGGGCUCGCCGAGGCGCAGGAGGCCGGCAGGAGGCACCAACGAGAGUAAAGAAAGUUCAAAGGAGAAAAAAGCAACCGUCAGCCAAGAUCCUGAGAGCAGAUAUGCUGAACAUGUGGCCGCCACCCAAGCGCGACGCAGGGACGUGGGGACAGCGGCCUGGAAGGGCCAGGCGCUGCUUCCUGAAGCCAGAAAGAGACAACAGUUGUCAGACAUGCUGACCAUCCACGGCCUCCCCACCGAGGGUUACCGGGCUCUGUACCAUGCAGUGGUCGAGCCGAUGCUGUGGAACCCCUCAGGGACCCCCAAGCGGUACAGCUUGGAGCUGGGCAAGGCCAUCAAACAGAAGCUCUGGGAGGCGCUGUGCAGCCAGGCCGCCGCCCCUGAAGGCGCUCAGGACCCCUUGCCCGUCAGGACGUGGCUGGAGGUCGAUGGGGAGCCUGUGCCCGGGAAGUGGCCCACGUUAAACAGGGAGAAACAGAAGCAGGAACUCACAGAUGAGGAUCUCCUCUGCUAAAUGUCUACACAAUAAACACCAUUUUGCACCUUUCCGGUUA